AGUUCAUAAUUAUUGAAGGCUUAUUAUGAAGGCUGUCUCAAUAUCUUCCUUCCAAAAAUGCUAAAGAAUAAUUUAGAUAACAGUUCAGACUCAAAAAAUGAAGAUGGCUCUGUCUUUUCGCAGACUGAACACAACAUUGUUGCAACUUACUUGAUUCUGGCAGGUGUGAUAAGUAUUCUCAGCAACCUAAUAGUUCUGGGCAUCUUCAUUAAGUACAAGGAACUUCGGACACCUACGAAUGCAAUCAUUAUUAACCUGGCUUUUACUGAUAUAGGGGUCAGUAGUAUUGGCUAUCCCAUGUCUGCUGCUUCAGAUCUGUAUGGAAGUUGGAAAUUUGGAUAUACAGGCUGUCAGAUUUAUGCUGGAUUGAAUAUCUUUUUUGGAAUGGCAAGCAUCGGAUUGCUCACAGUGGUGGCCGUGGAUAGAUACCUGACCAUCUGUCGCCCGGAUGUGGGAAGAAGAAUGACUACCAACACUUAUGUCAGCAUGAUUCUGGGGGCCUGGAUCAAUGGCCUAUUUUGGGCUAUGAUGCCCAUCACAGGGUGGGCCAGUUAUGCCCCAGAUCCUACUGGGGCUACCUGUACCAUAAAUUGGAGGAAAAAUGAUACGUCUUUUGUGUCUUACACGAUGACAGUGAUUGCAGUAAAUUUUAUUGUGCCCUUGACAGUGAUGUUUUAUUGCUACUAUCACGUCACUCGAUCCAUUAAACACCAUGCUGCUAGUAACUGCACUGCAUACCUAAACAGAGACUGGUCAGACCAAGUAGAUGUAACAAAGAUGUCUGUGAUAAUGAUAUUGAUGUUUUUGGUGGCAUGGUCUCCUUAUUCCAUUGUGUGCUUAUGGGCUUCUUUUGGUGACCCAAAGACGAUUCCUCCUUCAAUGGCCAUCAUAGCUCCACUGUUUGCAAAAUCUUCUACAUUCUACAACCCUUGUAUUUAUGUGGCUGCUAAUAAAAGUGCUGGACAAUGGACCAAUCUACUAUGCUUAAAUAUUCGGCCAGAAAAUCUCAGUGGAGGUCAGGUUUCGGAGGGCGAUGUUUGCAAUGUUCAAAUGUCAGACUCACCAAGCAAUGCCUGUGACAAGCGUUUUACCAAUGGAUGUAUCUCAAAGCCCACGGGCUUCUGGAAGAAUCUGAAAUAAGAGAAAAUCACACUGGCAAAGCAUUUUAGUUGUGUGUGUGUGUUUUUUUACUACUUCAAUUUUAUUUUAAAUACAAGCCCAUUUGGAUCAACUGCAGACAUAGUAAUUGUCCUGUUAGACUGGCUCAUUGUUCUGUUUGUGCCUUGGCGAUUAUAGUGCAUUUGUCUCUAUUUCUUUAUACGUGAACUCAUUCCUCAGCUCCUUUGAUGCAUGUAGAUACAUGAGAUUAAAAUCCUGUUUCUUUUCUUUCUUCUUAUCAUGGCAUUCAUUACACCAGACUGAUGACUUACAACUUGCCUUAGUUCUCCAUUAACCACUUUUUUAAUAUUAUAAUAAAUUAAUAAUAAUAAUUUACAAUCCUCAAUAAAUUAUUACUGAAAUGAGUGGUUGGACUUUCAAAUCUAAAACAGAAACCGUUUUUAUCAUUUCAAAACUUAAAUACUUAGAAUCAAUU